AUGCCUAAAAACGGCCCUGACAGCAACUUAUUCCUCUCACAGACCCUGGUGGAGCAUCUUCUCUCAACGAAAGAAGACAUGUCACUGCUCAUCUCCAGGUUUCAAGAGUUUUUGGAGAUGGAUGAUGUGCGCUACUACGUCAUGAGUUCAGUACGAGAUAACAUUUACAGAGUCAUGGGCCGAAACAAAAAGGCUGUGAUUCCUGUAUAUCAAAAUAAUGUUUACACACUCCUCUCAACCAUCAACGUACCCAGCCACGGAUCAAAAAUUACACAUUUUCUUGUUAAACAAGCAUACAAGCCGGAAGAAUGGAAAGUAGCCAAACUAAAGGAGCAUAAACGAGCUUUUGAGCAAAUGUGGCUGCUGUUUCUCAAGUUCAAGUUACCUAGCAGCAUGUACAAGAAGAUCCUGGUGGUCCUUCAUGAGUCCAUAAUGCCACAGAUGAGUGAUCCCACACUUCUGAUUGACUUCCUGAGCGCUGCCUAUGACAUUGGUGGGGCGAUCAGUUUGUUGGCUCUGAAUGGCUUGUUCAUCCUCAUCCAUAAGCAUAAUUUGGAUUACCCAGAUUUUUAUAAGAAGCUGUACAGUCUGCUGGAUCCCUCCAUCUUCCAUGUCAAGUACAGAGCACGUUUCUUCCACCUGGUGAACAUCUUCCUCUCUUCAACACAUCUGCCAGCCUAUCUUGUGGCAGCGUUUGUGAAGCGCUUCGCUCGCCUGUCUCUCACAGCGCCACCUACAGCUCUCCUCAUACUUCUGUCAUUCAUCUGUAAUCUCAUUCGCCGGCAUCCCUCGUGUAGGGUUUUCAUCCACAGACCCAGCGCUGCAGAAGAGCCUUGUGAUGACCCGUAUGUGAUGGAAGAGGAAGAUCCAGCUCAGUGUCAUGCUCUGGAGAGCAGCCUAUGGGAGAUCAAGACUUUGCAGAAGCAUUACCACCCAGAUGUGGCCAAGGCUGCCAUGAAGAUCAACGAGCCACUGACUGAACAAGAGGACAAUAUCAGUGAGAUGCUAGAGCUCUCGACAUUUGAGCUAAUGGAGCGAGAACUCAAAGCUGAAAGGAAGACGAUACCGCUAGAGUUUGACACAGCCACAGAGCUCCUGAAGAGCCCUAGAGAGAUGCUCGGAGUGCACUUUUCUCUAGAGUAACCACUCUUAUUUGCAAAUAUGAUCUUUCCAAAAAUGUAUUCUUUGUAUUAAAAAAGUUUGUGCAGUCAAUUCCCUGGGCUGAAGAAAUAAACAUUUGCAAAAAAUGAGCAUGUGCUGAAUAUUUUGUGU